AUGGGUCGCACCAAAGAAGAUGCCUCGAUUGGCAUCAUCGGUAUGGGUGACAUGGGCAAAAUGUAUGCCCAGCGCCUGAGUGCCGCAGGAUGGAGACCUGAGAAUUUUGAAUCUUUAAAACAAGAGUUCGCUUCUCAAAAAGGAGUCACCAUACUCGCCAAUGGACAUUUCGUUUCAAGAAUUAGCGAUUACAUUCUGUACAGUGUAGAAGCCGGAGCCAUCGACAAAGUCGUGGAACAGUACGGGCCGUCAACCAAGCUUGGUGCCAUCGUUGGUGGUCAAACGUCCUGCAAGGCCCCGGAGCUUGCUGCAUUCGAAAAACACCUGCCUACCGAUGUAGAGAUCAUAUCUUGUCAUUCGCUACACGGUCCCAAAGUCAACACACAGGGCCAGCCUUUGGUUCUAAUUCAACACCGCGCCUCCGACGAAAGCCUCGAAUUUGUCAACAACGUCCUUUCCUGCUUCGGAUCCACACAUGUCUAUCUCACCGGCGAGAUGCACGACCGCAUUACUGCGGAUACACAGGCCGUCACCCACGCGGCUUUCUUGAGCAUGGGAACCGCAUGGCAGGCCAACAAUCAGUUCCCCUGGGAGCUUGGUCGAUGGGUCGGCGGUAUCGAGAACGUCAAGAUCAACAUCACCUUGCGCAUCUACUCUAACAAAUGGCACGUCUAUGCCGGCCUCGCCAUCCUCAACCCGGCGGCUAAGCAGCAGAUUCGCCAGUACGCCGAGUCAGUCACUGAACUGUACAAGCUCAUGAUCGGAGGACACCGGGAGGAGCUCAAGAGUCGAGUGAAGGCUGCAGGCGCUUCGGUCUUCAGAGUUGGAACUGAAAAGCAGGAUCUCUUGCUGAAGGACGAAGUGCUGGAUCGAUUCUCUCUGUCCAACCGGCCACGCGAGAAGGCGCCGCCCAACAGUCAUCUCAGUUUGCUUGCCAUUGUUGACUGUUGGUCGAAGCUUGGCAUCGUUCCUUAUGAUCAUAUGAUCUGCUCCACACCUCUCUUCCGUCUCUGGUUGGGUGUGACCGAAUACUUGUUCCGGAACCAGGACCUUCUCGAUGAGGCCCUGGAUACUGCAAUCGACGACAACACCUUCCGCUCCGACGACCUGGAAUUCACAUUUGCUGCACGGGCGUGGUCUGACUGUGUCUCCUUUGGUGACUUUGAGUCCUACCGUCACCGUUUCGAGCGGAUUGCAGAGUAUUUUGCGCCGCGUUUCCCCGAAGCUGCCACGCUUGGUAAUGAGAUGAUGAAGACCAUUCUUGAGAAGACCACUUCCAACAACUAA